AUGGGAAUUGUAUUAAAUUUCAAAAUAGUUCGCGGUGUUGACUUUCUUUAUGCUCCUUUGAAUGCAACUUGGAAACAAGAAGAAGCUAUUUUUGGUGAAAAUUGGGCAAUGGAUGAUUCACAUUUUUAUCCAGGAAAAGAUAUAAUGAGAAGAAAAGGCAUUUAUUUGAUAAUAAAUGCAAAAGAUGGUGGAAAUGUUUUGAGAACUGAAUAUGCACAAGAUUUUCUAAAUAUUCUCAAUUGGAUUCCAAAUGAAAAAUUUCAAUCUCAAAGUGGAGCUGAAUUCACAUACAAAGAUGUUUGCUUAUAUUUUCAAAAUGAAUGCUUUUCAAAUACACAUGCCAAACUUAUUGCUGAUAUAUUCUCGAAAAAUCAUAGUUCAACAGUUUUCAAUAUAACUUAUCCAAUCUACCGUACUUCAUAUACAACAGAACCAAUUGAUAUUUCAAAAGUACUUGGAAAUGUAUCAUUGAAUGAAAUGGGAUAUGUGAAUUCGUCAUCUGCUUGGAUGAUUCUUUAUCAAUUGAAGAAUUUUUCGAGUUAUUCCAAAGAUUUUGAACAAGGUCUUGCAAACAAAAUUCGAGAUUCAAAAAUUCCAUCGAAAUAUUUAAAUUUCUACUUUUUUCAUUCUUCAACUUUUGAUGAAGAACUUGAAAAAAGAAAAUCGAAGAUUGGUUCCAAAAUUCUCAAUAACAUUCAUAGUUUUGAUAAUAUUUGCUAUUAUGACAACAUUUACAAUCAAAUUUGUAAAACGGAAAGAUACUUCGGGAUAUUUUCCUGUAAUUGAUUGGGUUUUGAGUAAACCACUUCUUGGAUUUUGCGGUGUUAUUUGUACUUUAUUUGCUAUUAUAACAUCAACUGGUUUAUUAAUGUUAUUUGAUGUUACAUUCGUGGAUAUGUGUACAGUAAUGCCUUUUUUAUCAUUGAGUGAGUUGGAUAAAUUUUCUAUUGCAAAAAUAUUUAUCAAACAAUAAUAAUUCAGCAAUUGGAAUCGAUGAUACUUUUUUGAUGUUAGCAGCUUGGCAUGAAACUGAUCGAUCAUUAUCUUAUCAAAAACGAAUUGAAACUUCAAUGAGACAUGCAGCCGUUUCAAUUUCAAUAACAACAUUAACUGAUGCUCUUGCAUUUUUAAUUGGAUCAUUUGCUCCUCUUCCAGCUGUUAUUUAUUUCUGUUAUUAUUCUUCAGCUGCAAUUGUUUCAAUAUUUUUCUAUUGUAUGACAAUGUUUGUGGCAGUUUUAGCACUUCAAGGAAAACGAGAAGAAUUAAAUCAACAUUCAGUUUUAGGAUGUGAAACAAUUGAUAUCAAUCAAUAUGGUGAGUAUAAAUAAAAUGAAAAUAUUUUGAACAUAUUUGUAGAAACAUGCUCAAAAUCGGAAAAACAUUGGAAACUUGGAACACACAAAAUAUCUGAUUUCGAGACAAAUAACAAUAAUAAUAUAAAAGAUGAAAAUCAAGAAUCAACAAGAAUGUGGUAUCAACAAUUUUUCGAAGACAAUUAUGCACCUUUUAUUGCAAAUUCAAAAGUUGCAUUUUUCAGUUUAUUUUUAUAUUUUGGAUAUCUUUCAUUAUCUUGGAAUGGUGUUCAGAAUCUUAAAAUUGGGUUUGAUGUAAGAAAACGCUUUGUGAUCUACAAAAUGUUAUUAUUUUCAGCUGAUAAACAUUGUUCAAGAAAAAUCUGUCUCGCGUAAAUUUCUUGAACUUCGAAGCAGUUUAUUUCCAGAAGAUACCCGAGUGAGUUAGAAAUGAAAACUGAUCCACGGUUGCAAUAACCACUUUAAGUUACUCUAGAUUUUUGAAUUUGUCCGAUGAAAAGUUAAGUUCCCGAUUCAUAUAAAAUAUUGUUCAGGUUCUCGAUAUUUCUGUGAUGAUUUCUCCGAAUUUUUCAAGAAUUGAAGAAAGAAAUGAUUUCAUAGAAGUUCUAAAUGAAUUCGAAUCGACUUGGUGUUCAGAAGGCCGAAAUUCAACACAAUUUUGGUUAUUUGGAAUGCAAAAAUAUCUACAAGAACUUGGUUUUUCUGAAAAUGUUGACCAAGUUUUAAAUAAUCCAAACAAAUUGGAAAGAUCGAAAAAAACUUUUCUAAUGUCAAAUGAGAAAUAUAACUUUGAUGUUUUGUCGGAUAAUCAAUUCAGAUUGUCAACAAGAUUAAACAAUUUGAAAAGUGACAAAGAUAUGGCAGAUUGUGCACAAACUAUGAGGUAAAAUAUAAUAAUUCAUUCUUAAAACUUAACCAUUCUUUUAAGAGAUUUAUGUGCAAAACAUUCAAAGUAUGAAAUUACAACAUAUUCGCCAAUUUGGAAUAUCGGAGAUGAAUAUAAUAUUAUGUGGCCUCAAACAAUGCAAGAUGUUUAUAUUUCAAUUGGUAAAUAUUAUUCUCAACUUUUUUUUAAAAUCAAAACUUCAAAAUUUAGCUGUAAUGGUACCAGUUGCUCUUUUAUUUAUUCCUCAACCACUUUGUUCAAUAAUAAUCGGUCUAAAUAUUUCAUCAAUUGCAUUUGGUGUUAUUGGUUGUAUGUCAUAUUUGAAUGUUUCACUUGAUGCAACUUCAAUGAUUACUGUAGCAAUGAGUGUUGGAUUUUCAGUUGAUUUUGCAGCUCAUGUAUCCUAUGCUUAUAUGACAGAGAAACGAGCACCGAAAACUGGGCAAAAUGCAAUUAUUUCAAGAUUUUGUCAUACUUUAGGAACUGUUGGUUGGCCAGUUACACAAGCUUCGAUAAGUGUUUUAUUAGGAGUUUCAUCUUUAUAUUUGGUUGAUAGUUAUGUUGUUCAAACUUGUUUUCGAACUGUUUUAUUAGUUAUUGCUUUUGGUAAGUCAAAAUAAUAAUUUCUUGAAAAUUAAUUGAAUUAUUUCAGGCACAACUCACGCCCUUCUAUUUCUUCCUCUUCUUCUUCUCACAAUUCACAGGUUUUAUUCAAAGCUGUUUCUUGAAAAAUAA